GUUUUGUGUGAAUUGUUUGAUCCUAAUCUCCUCCAAAACUCUAAAAUCUACUUUAAAGAAGAAAGUAAUAAUUAGUCACUGUUCUUGUAUCAAAACAUGUCAAUCUUGGGCAGCAACAGCAAUGGUGCAGAUAUGGGUACACCAUUUUUUCAUGAAUUCAAGAAACAAGCUUCUUUCUUUUUGAAGGAGAAGAUCAAGACUGCCCGAUUGGUUCUGACCGAUGUUACUCCUGCUCAAUUAUUGACAGAAGAAGCCACAAAUGGAAAUCCAGGGGGGCCGGACGCUCGUACCCUGAAGAUGAUUUCCCGUGCUGCUUUUGAAGUUGAUGAUUACUGGAGAAUCGUGGAGAUCCUGCACAAGAGAUUGUUGAGGUUUGAUAGAAAAAAUUGGAGACUAUCCUACAAGGCUCUGAUUGUUGUAGAGCACUUGUUGACCCAUGGACCAGAGAGUGUUGCAGAGGAGUUUCAAAGUGAUAAAGAUGUUAUAGGGGAGAUGGGAAGCUUUCAACAUAUUGAUGAGAGAGGAUUCAAUUGGGGGUUAAAUGUCAGAAAGAAAUCUGAGAGGAUAUUGAAACUGCUUGAAAAAGGGACACUUUUGAAAGAAGAGAGGAAUCGAGCUCGGAAGCUAACCAGAGGAAUUGAGGGGUUUGGGAGCUUCUGCCAGAGGACUACUUCAGGACAAGGAAUUCUCAAGGACUCUUCAUUGAAAACAUAUGGAAGGUGUAAUUCUCAGUUUAACAAUCAUGGAAACCAGGAAGAUCAGUUUUCCUACUCGAGCAACGAAAAUCAGACCCAAACAUGGCCUGAAAGAUCACAACAGAUCCAUGAUGAGAAAGUCAAUUCAUUGUUCAGCAAGAAAGUGGAGAAUUUAAACUUUUGUGAUAGCUUUAGUAGUCAACAGAAAGUCGAAAGCUUCAGUUCUGCAACGAGUCUGAAAGAAAAUAUGGCUCCUAGCAAGGAAAUUUUCAAUGGUCACUUGCAUGAAUGGAGUUGCACCGGCGAGUCGAAGCCUCUUUUGAAUGCAGAGAAAGAUGGACCCAGGAUUGGUAAUUCUGAAGAAGAUCACCCAUUCAAUGAUGCUGAAAAUCCAAGCAGUGUCUCAUUGCUUUCCAGUACAGAUCAAAUCUUGCAAGCAUGUUGA